CCACAUCGUCAAAGCGUGGGCUCUCGAUCCCUACGUCAUACACAUAGCUAAUACCUCAAGGUGAACCGUAGCCUCGGAGCUUAGUUUGGUAUACACUUGGCCAGCAAUUCGGUCAACAGCGAACCGACUAGGCGUAACAAAGGACUCAUAACCCCAAGAAUGAGUCGAGCACCUCCCAGGAAGGGCGAGAACUUUGAGCUUCGCGCAGAGCUCAACUCGGAAUACCGGGAUCGUAGGGCAGAUGCAAUCAAGCGUGUCAUCGCAAACAUGACCGUCGGGAAGGAUGUAUCCGGUCUUUUCCCUGACGUAUUGAAAAACAUGCAAACUGACGACUUGGAGCAGAAGAAACUCGUAUACCUCUAUCUCAUGAACUAUGCCAAGACGCAACCAGAGCUCGUGAUCCUCGCUGUCAACACUUUUGUCAAGGAUACCGCCGAUUUCAACCCGCUCGUCCGGGCUUUGGCCAUUCGAACCAUGUCGACCUUGAAGGCAGAGAAGAUCUUGACGUACCUGGGAGAACCUCUGAAUCGAUGUCUGAAGGAUGACAACCCAUACGUCCGAAAGACGGCCGCGCUGUGCGUCGCCAAGGCUUUCGAGCUGAAACCAGAGCUGUGUGUCGAGUGGGGUUUCGUGGAAAUGCUGAGGGAUUUGGUUGGUGACGGGAAUCCGAUGGUUGUUGCGAACGCUGUGACCGCUCUGAUGGACAUUCACGAAGCUGCUCAGAGCAUGCCUCCAUCUCGACCAGGUUCUCCUGCCGCAGAUGGCGAGAGUCCUCCUCCUUCCGCUACACGGCCUUCUCCCACCUUGUUCAUUAUCGACCCCCCUACAUUAUCAAAGCUCCUCUUGGCGCUCAACGAGUGCUCUGAAUGGGGAAGGAUCGCGCUUCUGAACGCUCUUGCUCGGUACAAGGCUCAGGAUGACAAGGAGAGCGAGCAUAUCUGUGAGAGAGUGAUGCCUCAGUUUCAGCACGCGAAUGCGGCGGUGGUGCUCGGUGCCGUCAAAGUGAUCAUGAUUCAUAUGAGGAAUGUCGGACGUCAGGAACUAGUCACGCAGCUUAUCCGCAAGAUGGCCCCACCUCUUGUUACCCUUGUGUCCUCGGCUCCUGAGGUUCAGUGGGUCGCCUUGAGGAACAUUAAUCUUUUGCUGCAGAAGAGGCCAGACAUUCUGGCCAACGAGAUGAGGGUGUUUUUCUGCAAAUAUAACGAUCCUCCGUAUGUCAAGGUGGAGAAGCUAGAUAUUAUGGUCAGACUGGCAGAUCACAGGAAUGUCGACACCUUGUUGGGCGAACUGCGGGAAUAUGCGUCAGAAGUCGAUGUUGACUUUGUCAGGAAAGCGGUCAAGGCGAUCGGUCAGACCGCGAUCAAGAUCGAAUCUGCGGCGGGUCGAUGUGUACAACUGCUACUGGAUCUCAUUCAGACGAGGGUUUCGUACGUGGUGCAGGAAGGGGUAGUGGUCAUCAAGGACAUUUUCCGGAAAUACCCGCACAGUUACGAGGGUAUCAUUCCCGUUCUAUGUGCCAACCUAGAUGACCUGGACGAGCCUGAGGCCAAGGCUUCUUUGAUCUGGAUUAUCGGUGAAUAUGCCGAGAAGAUUGAGAACGCCGAUGAAUUGCUUGGGAUCUUCUUGGAGAGCUUCAAGGAGGAGCCCUACGCUGUGCAACUGCAAACAGUUACAGCGAUAGUGAAGCUCUUCUUGAAGAAACCAGACGGCUCGCAAGCGAUAGUGCAGCGAGUGUUACAGGCGGCAACGAAGGACUGCGAUAACCCUGACGUCCGUGAUAAGGCAUACGUGUAUUGGCGAUUGCUGUCUACGGAUCCUGCAGCUGCCAAAGCUGUUGUACUUUCCGUCAAACCACCCAUCUCGUUGCCACAAACAACGGUGUCAGCAACAGUACUGGACGAGCUGCUCGGCGAGAUAUCGUCGCUGGCCAGCGUUUACCACAAGCCGGCCGCUACUUUCAUUGGGCGUGGUCGAUAUGGAGCUGAGGACAUGGCAAAGCGAAGACAGGAUGAUCUGGAGGAUAAUAUUCAGGAGAAAGCGCUGCAGACAGUGGCGCAGGGACAAAAGGCAGAAAACCUCCUCGACUUUGACAUGGACGAACCAGCAGCGAUGGCAGACACGUCGAUAUCCGCCUCGGCAUUCGCCAACGCGCCUAGCGGGUCGCAGUCGGCCUCGGUACAACAAGCAUUGGCGAAGAACCCGCUGGACGAGUUGAUGGAUCUGUUCGCAACCAACACGCUGACUGCACCUACCACUACACCUAUGGCCACAUCAUCUCCUUCACCCUUUGGCAUGGCUUCUUCGCCAGCGUCCGCGCUAUCUGCAGCAUCGAUAACACCUGCACCUGUCAAACCUGACGCAUUCAGUGGGCUCGACGACUUCGGAUUCGGAGCAGCACCCUCGAAGCCUGCACCAAAGACGAUGAACAGUUCGCAGAACGACGAUCUUCUUGGACUCUUCUAGAUUUCCCUUAUUUCGACCGCGUUGUAUAUACAUGCAGAUUUACCACAAUGACGAUCGCCGAAGCUGAGGCGCAUCAGUAUGGACAUGCAUCCCUUCAGACGCCACGCAGAACGCUGGCUCGUAGGGACAAAGUACGGCCA